AUGACCGCUUCAGCACCGACGGCACAACCGCCCCCGAAUCCAGCACCUGCUACGCAACCGGAAACCGCUUCAACAUCAGGAUCAUCUUCAGCAGCUGGCACUACAGCGCCUGUUGCUGCUCCACGACUACCUGAUCAGCCUGCGGCGUCGUCAGCAGCAGCCGCUGCCGGACCAACGUCGACGUCAACUAUGACCACCACAAGCGCAGGACAAGCCUCUCAACAAGCAGACCCAAAAGACGGCGGCGCGUCUUGUUUUCUUUGCGAUUGGCUGGGGAGUGACGCUGCUGAGGCACCAGCCAAAGCUGCUGCGGAAGAGACGACGAGCAACUCCAUGUCACUGGCUUCUGCUGCUGGUAGCAUGGGGCUAAAUCCUGUCGCAGGAGUGGGGAUAGCCAUUGUUUUGGUUUUGUUGCUUUGCUGCUGUUGUUGGUACUUCAAUUGGAGAAGAAUAACCUGUAUCCGGAAAACCUUGCUCUGCAUAGGCUGGGAUAAGUUCGAGAAACUGGAACUCGUCAUCUCCGUUCACGCAGCUCAUAUCGUCACAACAAACAAGCGAGACGAGGGGAAAUGUAAGCCUAAGCGGCUUGUUGUCAAUUACAAUUACAAUUAGGUGUGAUUGAAAUAAAAGCACCAGGUGUUUCUAUCUUCAGGUUGUGUUUCUACUCCAUCUACUUAUCGAAACUGAAAAGUGAUAGGGGUCAUAUGUUUUCAUAUUCAUCCAAUCCUCGUCUUCACAUCAAACUCAUACUUGCCAACUAAUAUCCUCUGUGUUUGUGCUUGAUUUCAGACUGCGUGAAAAUAAGCGCCGGCGGAAAGGACUAUUGGACUCCGCAAUGUACCAAAACGGGUCAUUUCACUGCAAAUUUCAACGUCACAGUGCCUCAGGGCUAUCGGAAGAUUGUCGUCGAAGCUUACACGAUCGAGGGCAGUCAGAAACUGCGCAUGGCCCAACGGAUCGUCGACGUGCUAGAAACAAUAGUCGCGCGCAGACCAUACGGUUGCGUACGGCACGAGUCCUUCUCUAUCGUGAAGAAAACGGAUGGAAUUUAUGAACGAGAACGAAGAUCCAUUUGUAAUUGCAUUUCCAUACCCAUAAGUUUGUGGAGAUGAAUCCCUUUUAUCGUCCCCUUCCCAUUCAACUUAGUCAGGCAGUUACAGCAUGCGCAUGCUUGUGUAUUGAAUAAUUCAGAAUGCUGCAGUUCAACACUCCACUCUUAGCUACCUUUGUUGACUUGACUUGAUGCACGACGUGCAACUAGUAGUAGAAGCACGCACCCAGUACGCACCCCUUUCAUUACCUCCCGAAUUCCCUUGCCGAGGGUUUUAGCAGUGGACGCGUCGUGCUUUCUGCUCAGUAUAAGGAGGACGUGGACAAACAGACAACUGAUCAGAUUCGCGAGAUCGAAGAUAUUGUGCAGCAUCCGAUAUCUGGUCCGCUCUCUGGUCAGCUUUCUAAGUACUUGGGCACGCGGAAAAAACUCGAGAGCGAGGAGCUAGUUGAAGCAGCCCAGAAAAUAUUGCAGGGCGUUCUCAUAGCUCGCAUUCGGUGGGUAUCAAGGUUGGGGAUGUUGCGUACGAAGUACAC